CUUCCUUCUCUUCAUCCUACUCUUCUUCGUCGAGAGUUUUGACGUACAAUUAGUUUCGCGCGAGCCUCGCGACCUAUCGUGACAUUCCAACAAUCGAGGAACCAAGCUGGUGGGAAAAAAAGGAACGAGAACAUGCCACGCAAGCGACGAGCCUCGACGCCGACUUUGGAAGCCGACGAGGAGGAGUUCGCCUCGGAAGAGAAGUAUAGCAAGGACGACUUGGACAACCGAGCGCCAAGGAACGCUGCGAACGCGAGGGAACGAGCUCGCAUGAGAGUCCUCAGCAAGGCGUUUUGCAGAUUGAAGACCACUUUGCCCUGGGUACCAGCUGAUACGAAGCUGAGCAAGCUGGACACCCUUCGCCUUGCCGCCACAUACAUCGCUCAUCUUCGCGCUGUCCUCAGGGACGAUGGCGACACGCAUUCGGACACCACCAGGUCGCUGUCUUUGGCUCUAUCGUGGCCAUUCGCUCUUCAAAGCGGGAGCACAUCAAUGUUGAUGAACAACAGUUGCAACGUGUCAUCGUCGACGUCGCCUAAUUCUAAUCAGUACCGUGGUCAGCAGGGCGCCCACGAGAUCCAGAAUUUCCAUCACCCUGGACAUCAGAGCAUGUCAAUGCGUCACAAUCACGAGCCCCAACUCUCCUAUUUCUAGUACCUCUCGCUCGAACGAGAAGCGAUUAGAAAUCUUUUUUUUUUUUUUGUAUUCGUAUCAGCGAACGAAGAACCGUUCUAUUCACGAACGAGAGCCGUUAUCGUUAGCACUGGUGCCAAAUUAACAAUCGUUUGGAAAACUAUAUUUAUUGUAUUUCGGAGUGCCUUAUCGUUCCGCUAUUUAUUGAUCCAGCAAUUAACGUUUCGAAAACGAUCGUCGCGGUGUCGCUCUAUAUUGUAAUCAUUAUUGUAACCAAAGCGUAAGAACUAGUCCAAUAAAGUAUUUCUACAAUUUUAUUUCGCUGGUCCUUCUUUUUAAUCAAUUAGGAAGAUAUUAUAUUUUUUAGCGAAAUAUUCAUCUAUGUAAGUUUGCAUCUUUUUCCUAUAUUAUUUAAUGGAAUGAUAAAGUGAUACAUCGAAUAUU